CUUUGUUCUAAUGGACACCGUAGCAUCAUAUGGUUUAAUAGCAGGUAUAAUGUUCCUACCCGUCAUCACCGAGCGAGCUCUAGAAGCGUACGGUUACUCGGGAGCUUUCAUGAUUCUUGGAGCAAUCAUGUUUCAUAAGGUUGCAGGGGGAGCGGCCAUUCGGAAACCAGUCUUCAUUGUGAAAGAUAACACCACUGAACAAAGUGGUAGUGAUCAAGAUCCGUUGGAGGUGAUCCGUUUUGAACCGUCGGAUGAUGACGGUGAGGUAGAUGGUAUAGUAGGAGGUGAUCAAAUGACAACAUUGAAAGAUGAAUCAAUAAAUGAUAUGGUCCAAGGUCAAGCCCUGGCAGAAAGCCGUUUUCACUCCAAGGAAAACCUUGAAAAUACGGAGACACUAAAUGCUGCAAUCGUAAUAAAUGAUAUAAUAAGAUACGAGGAGGAUGAAGGGAUUUUAAAUGACGAUGAUAACCGUGAGGAACACGUUACUUUGCUAAAUAGUGCAUGCGAUCGUCCUGGUAAAGUGGAUGAUCUUCCUAAUGCUUCGAGAUCUGGUCAAAAUGAUCAUAGUGAGAAAUAUAAUUUCUGCUCAUCAUUUAUAUCUCGCUGCAAACUGUUUAUAACCAAGGAAGCUCUGUUCUUAAUGUGCCUCCCAGCGACUUUCUUUCGUGCCUAUUCGUUCGAAGCCUGGGUGUUGUACCUAGUGCCUCACGCAGAGCAGUUAGGAAUUACCCCAUCUCGAGCUGUCUUCUUGUCUUCAAUUGGUGGAAUCAGUGGGAUUAUUGGAAGAACCAUUACUGUCAUUCUCCUCAUUAAGAAAGUACACAUGUUCAAAAUCUACAUCACCGUUGGUUUUAUUACCAGUUUGUCAUUUUUCUUGGAUUUCGUCGGUGAAUCAUUCAUGAUUCGUUCAGUUUGGGCAUUUCUUCAGGGCCUCUGCUUCUUUGUGCUGGAUACUGUAGACGCAACUUUUCUCAAAUUGACGUUGGUAGAUGAAAGCAACUUCAGUUUCGGCCUUGGACUGGUGAUGUUAAUAAACGGUUCUGGUAAUAUCUCGGCAGGGUUACUCACAGGAGCUUUGUUUGACGUCAUCCAGUCUUAUACCAUCGUAUUCAUGAUGACUGGAAUCCCUGUUUUGAUCUUCACCAUCAACAUCGUAGUCAUAUCGGUACUGUUAAACAGAAGAGUCAAGUCCAAACACGUUUAACGUCGCUACAGGCAUGUUUGAUUCAAAGGAAUCCUCUCUUCAUCCCGGAGCUUUGUUUGACGUCAUCUAAUCAUCUUCAAAGUCUGUUAAGUCGCCUUGAACAUAGGUUUUUUUUAUAUUUUAUUUUUUUGCAUUAUUUCGCUUUGUUUUUCGUUUUGUAAUAUGUAUUUUGUUAGUUUAUGGGAGAGAGUCAUGGAAACUGACGAAUAUUUGAUGUCAUACCUGUAUCAGGUAAUCUGAACAUCUUUCAUUGGAAAAUGUAUUUCCAGUAACCAAUUAAGGAACAUCUUACCCCCAGAUUAAUCAAAAAAGAUUAAGAAAUUACACUACUUUGCCGAACAGAGUGAAAAACAGCCCCAUUCCUUCACUUAUACACAUUUACAGAGCAGAAAACGGAUGUUUUUUUAAUACUACUAAUAUUAUAGCUAUGAUUGUGAUUCCAUAAGUGCAAUACUUGAAUGCAAACUAUGGUUUCAAUUACUCAUACACACAAUGUAAGGAAAUCAAGUUUUUAUGUAGAUUAUUUUAUAUAUAUAUAUAUAUAUAUAUAUAUAUAUACCUCUUUUAUAUUUAUACUGGGGUCUAAUCUUAUUAAUAGAAACACUACAUCUUCUAUAUCGAAGUUAAAAAUCUGUGUUAACCAUUUAUUUGUAUUUGUUUAACUGACUGAAAUUAUCUUCCAUUGCCAAUGUCACAGUUGUCUCCUCUUCCUCUACCACUUCUACUUUCCCACCUCCUUCUUCAUCUCGCCCUUCUUCUUCCUUCUCAAUCUUCUUGUCCCUCUUUCUUCUUCUUUUACUUUUACUUUUUCUAAUAACUCCCCUUUUUAGAGUCUGGAUAAAACAUUAUAACCUUUUACUUAAAGUAGCUAUACCCUAGAGUAAAUAUUUAAUUCGUACAUUUUCUCAUAUAAGUAUUUGUUUUCUACAUAACUUCGUCUCUAUUAUUAGUAGUUUGUAUAGUGGAUAUUGAUAUUGAUACCUUAUGAUAAUAAUAAUAAUAAUGGGUUCUUGUAGAGCGCUCAUGUCACUCAGAUUUGACCCUCCUGGCAUCUAUAACCUAGAGUAAAUUUUUAAUUCGUACAAUUUCUCAUAUAUUCUUAUAUUAUACCACUAUGUAAAAACGAUUUAUAUCCGUGUUUCCAUAUGAAUGUGUCAUUGUACGUUUGCUACUGUGCAUUAUAUUGUGUAUAUUAUUGUCUAUUGUAUAUUGUUCAUGUGCUUUAUGUAAUAAAUGCCAACAACUUAAUUUCCAAAUAGACCAAUAUAAUUAAUCUGAAUGAAUGAAUCUGAAUAAGUAUUUGUUGUCUACAUAACUUCGUCUCUAUUUUUUGUAGUUUGUAUAGUUUAUAAUGCUUGGAUAUUGAUAUCGAUACCUAAUAUGAUAGUGUUCCUAAUCGCACUAACCUCUGUCUAUCCUCUUUAAACGCCCACUGCACUACUUGUAGCUACUUGCGCCCUCUAUAUAACAAACAAUGCCUAA